UCAAAAUGUGAAGCCAGGAGCCUUUCUGAGCACACUCCCUCUCAACCUGGAGCUUUGGAUCAGGUAAAACGCUGCUCUGGUUCCAUUCCAGGUGCACUUCUUUGCUUAUUGGUCCAUAAAUCUAUUAGUUCUGUUUUCAUGUUAAAGGCCAUGUCAGGGAAAAUGUGCAGCAGCAGCAGCAUCCUACAGGCGCAGAAACUGGUGGAUCAACUUCAGAUUGAAGCAUGCAUGGAGAGGUUCAAGAUCUCCCUGACAGCAGCAGAUUUAGUGCGGUACUGUCAGGGGCACAGACGCAGCGACCCUCUGAUCACCGGCAUCUCUUCAUCAUCCAACCCAUUCAAAGACAAGAAGACAUGUGUGCUGCUCUGACAUCACAAGUUGAGUUAAAGCUGCAUCUGUGAGGUUAACCAUCACAGCUCCUCUAGAAAACGAGAACUCACACACUGG